AUGCCUCAGAAGCAACCUGCCGCGCAACCAGAGGAAGAACCAUCUCGAAAUCGUGACGCCCCGCAGUUCCAAGCUCAAGUGGAUAUCUCACACAAUAUGACGGCAUACAUGUACGCGGCGAAGAAACCGAUGAAAAUCGAGUUGAAUUCUCGCAAAUUACCGGUGAUCCGAACGGAGAACAGGCGGUAG